AUGCCCAUGACCCUCGAAGGCAGCUGCCAAUGCGGCGCCGUCGAAUUCACUCUCGACUCGAGCACCCCCGUGCCCUACCAGCUCUGCGCAUGCAGCAUCUGUCGCAAAGUAGGCGGAUACAACGGCAGCGUGAACCUAGGCGGGAUCAACGAUAGUCUGGACAUCAAGAAGGGGAAGGAUGUAAUCAAAAAAUACUCCGCCAUCAUGAACCGCGGCGCAGCCGGCGAGAAGAAGUGUUCGAGCGAACGGAACUUCUGCUCCAACUGCGGCACGAUGUUAUGGCUGUGGGAUCGGCACUGGCCAGAGCUGAUCCAUCCGUUCGCCUCGGCCAUCGACACGGAUUUGCCGGCGCCAGAUGAGAUGGUGUGUAUCAUGCAGGGCUCGAAGCCGGAGUGGGUUCGCUGGCCGGAGGGGAAGAAGCAGGUGUUUGAGGAAUAUCCGGAUGAGAGUCUGGAGGGAUGGCAUAAGAAGCAUAAGUUGUUUAUGGAGUAG